CUUCCUGAAAGCCGGCUCCCAGGAGGAGGCUGGAGGGGAGAGGCAAUGGGGCUCACAGGAGCAGCUCUCCUGGCUGCUGGGGUCCUCCUGGUCAUUCAGGCCUCAGAGGCCAUUCUCCCUGUAGCUUCCAGCUGUUGCACAGAGGUGUCCCAUCAUAUUUCUAGAACACUUUUACCAAGAGUGAAAAGAUGCCACAUUCAAAGAGCUGAUGGUGUUUGUGACCUACCAGCUGUCAUCCUCCAUGUCCAUCAUCGAAAAUACUGUGUCAGCCCCCAUAAUCACACUCUUAAGAAAUGGAUGAAAAUGCAAAAGAAAAAGAAAAAUGCAAAAGGAAUUAUUUGUGACAGGAAGAACCACUCCCACAAGAAGAAGAGCAAGAGCAAGGUGACACAGAAAAGACAACCUCAUAAAUAUGGACAGAAAACUCCUUAUUAGCAAUUGCAA